CAAAUUCCUGGUUCUAUGUACUAAUGCAGAAUUCUAGAGUGUGGUUUGUCAGAAGAUGUUGGUCUAGAAAUCAAUCUAUAAUAGCAACUAUAAUAUAUAAUUAUAUAAUUAAUAAUACUAUAAUAUUGCAGUUUUUAUUAUUAUGAUAAUUAUUAAAGAACUCGUUCAUGUAAUAUGUUAUUGUUUCUAUAGCAACAAUUUUGUUCAGUCACAACACCGGUAUUUUAAUGAAGUUUUCUGUAAGGAGACACUUAUUAUCAUGAUUCUCCAGUGUCAGCGCUUUGUAACAGCUAAAUCUUCAGGACAGACGAGUUUAUUGACUUUCUUCAGGGUUCAGGACCACGCUUCAGAUAAUUAAAUAGAUAAAAUACUUCUGUCAUUAUAUUCACUCAACCUGUGUGUCCUUCACACUCGUCCCAGGUGUUUACACUUCAUUAAUCCUUUUCCUCUACGCUGUUUGUUUUGCCCCAAGGUGAAUAACAGGCAUCAAACAUUGACUUUCUGAUAAGAUACCACGUGUUCACUGAGGAACUCCAGAUUCUUAGGAAACAUCUAGAACCCCAGUUGACAUGUCUGAGCAUGUCUCAGCGACACGGAGAGCGUAUGAGCGACUUCUCAGGCCAAAAACUCAGGUGAAAAGUGCAGGUCUGGAAAUCGGCUUCAUUCUUUAAUAAAUUACAAUCUGCGAGUUACAUAUCAGCUCACAGGAGAGAGUGCAUAUCAGAGCAGAACAUUUCCCUGCCUUACUUUCAGCGUGCAGACACACCCAGUCUAAUACUAGCGUGAGUCAACACACACACACACACACACACACACACACACACACACAAUGGCACUUUUUCCUCCUCUGUAUAGAGUAAGGUAAAGACACAUGAACUGAUACGGAUGGAUAAAUAUAAAUAUAAAUAAGUAGAUAAAGACAUAAACAAACAAAUGCAGGUUGAAACAAGAGAAACCGAGGAACUGCAGAUGGAUUCCUAUGUAAAGAGUUUGGAAAACAACACAAAGGACUCGGACGAUGGACCUGACAGAGACGAAGGAGCCGUGCUGCUGUGGGUUCCCUCCGGACGCAGACUCAUUUCUGGACUCUUAGGGAUAAACGUGCUGCUCCUGGGAGCGGCCCUGGUCGCCGGAGACACUCUGACCCCUGAAGGACUUCAGCAUCACGAGCCAGAGGUUUUCCUGCUGCUGAUGAUGGGGUUCAGUGUGGGGUGGAUGCUGUGGUACCUGCUGUGGUCACGACGGCAACCUGGAGCUCCACCACACACCGAUCACCACGCGGGGGGUGCUACGGUCACGGUGGUGCUCAUGCUGUUUGCAGGAUUAAGUCUGUUGCUGUGUCUGUUCAUGAUGGCGUAUAAUGGUAUGAUGGCAAAAUGCCGGCCGUUAGCUAAAGUACUUCUGCCCUUCAUCCAGACUCCUUUCCUCAUCCUGCAGACUUACCUGCUCUGGUCUCAUUCUAAAGAUUGCAUCCACAAACACAAAGUCAUCAACAGGACUGGGCUCAUAUUAAUCCUGUGCACGGACAUCCUGUUAUGGCUAAAUGCAGUAACAGAAGACACCAUCCACAUGGAGAUAGAGCUGGAGAGACAAUACAAUGAGACCAUCAGCGGAGUGAACACUGGUGUUUCAGAAGAUGACAGUGAGAACGCGACUGAGUGUGUGUGCAGAAGUCAGCCGGUGUGUGUGGCUCUGCGUAAAGGUUACCAGGUCCUGUACCCCUUCAACAUGGAGUUCAGCCUGCUGGCUAGCUGCAUGCUUUACGUCAUGUGGAAGAACGUAGGGCGUCAUGUGUUCGAUGACUCCGGCCACGCCCAGAAGAUCACAUUGCGGAUCGUACGAAGUGGUGGAAUCCUGCUCGGGCUGAUCUUUGGCUUGCUGGUGCUAAUCUCAGGUGUUGUGGUCUUCCUGCUGUACCAGGUAUGGGAAGGACAAAAGGAGCUGCGCCUGGAUGCCUUCCGGAUGUUUUACAUGUUCCACAUGUGUGUGAUGCCCACCAUGAUUCUGUGCUCGCUAGCAGGAACACUCAUGUACCGCUGGAAAGAGAGAAGAGGUCAUAUCCGACAUAAAGGUCAUGGCAAAGAUAAAGGUAAAGAAGGCAUUGAUAAAAACCCGACUCGCAGCCUGGACAUAUUGCUGCUCCUGGGUGCAGGUCUCGGCCAGCUCUCGCUCUCAUACUUCUCCCUGGUGGCUGUGUUGGCUCGCGGUACCGGGGGCAUUCUUGGAAAUUUACACCUGUUCUACUCACUGCUCAGCCUGCUGGAGCUCAUUCUGCAAAACAUCUUCAUCAUCCAGGGCCUGCACUCUCACACACACACUCAUACACACUCACACACGUACUCAGUCAAGAAGGAGCUGGACGGAGAGAGCGCUGAACCCGAGGUCGUCUGUAAGAUGGUGAGGAGAGACGGAGAAGAUUUAAACAUAUACCAGAAACCUGAUGCUCACAGCUGGAGUAAAAAGAUGAUCCAGGAGAUCUGUGCUUUCCUCAUUCUCACUAAUAUCAUGCUGUGGGUGAUCCCAGCGUUCGGGGCCCACCCGGAGUUUGAGAGUGGAAUGGGGAAGCAGUUCUUCGGCUUCUCGGUGUGGUUCGUGUUGGUGAAUCUCGGCCAGCCGCUCACCGUCUUCUACAGGAUGCACUCUGUAGGAACGCUGAUGGAGCUACUCAUUUCUGCAUGAACAAACGCACACACACACACACACACACACACACACACACACACACACACACACACACACACACACACACACACACACACACACACACAUAUGCAAUACAUAGCAUCACAGUUUGACAAAUUUUACUGAAUGAUUUUCAGAUUUUUGGGCAAAUUUCAUCUAAAUGCACUUUCAUCUCCUGAACUCAAUCAAUAAAUCAAUCAUGUGAUGCACACAGCAAUUUCACUACACACACCUCAUUCACACACACACACACACACACACACACACACACACACACACACACACACACACCUCAUUCACAUAUUACAGAGGAAUCUUUUCAGAUGUUAAUCCACAUGUUUGGGUUUAAUACUGGAAAUGUACAUAUAAUUUUAAUUUAUCAAUAUAAAUAAAAGAUUGUUCUAAUACUGUU